UGCAUCUCGGAAUAAUACAAAUAUGAAUUCAAGGAAGGAAAAUAUUCCAUGGAAUGAUGAUACAACAUAUGCUUUGGGUUUAUACAGACGUUAUAUGAAUCUUCUGGGGGUAUGGCCUCUGGAAUGUAAUAAAGUAUUAUCUACAUUUCGAUUGGUAUUAUUUGUUAUCAUUCAGAUGUCCCUCAACAUCACUUACAUCACGAAAUUGAUUACGAUCGGCUACGGCGACCGAAUAUUGGAUUUAGUUGAGAUUAUAACAAUUCUUUCCCUGAGCAGUAUAUCAGUCAUUAAAUUGAUGGUCCCAUGGAAAUACUCCGAUAAGAUGCACUUCGUUCUCAAUUCCAUGGUUGAAGACUGGGCAGGUGAUUACAACCGAAAGUCUCACGACACCAUGAUGAAAUAUGCAUACAAAGGACGGAUAGUUUGUGUUCUCCAAUUGUUCAUCACUGGAUUCUUGAUUCUGAGAAAUAUUCUUCAUAAAUUACCAGCUACACUAGAAACAGUCGAUGCAUCAGGAAAUUUCACGACUUUAUCAAGAAUUGUACCGUAUGGACCAGCAUGUUGGGUGUCAACAACAAUGUCUGUUCAUUAUUACAAUGCCUAUUACUCAUUAAUCUGUAUUCACUGGUUGUCGGCAUCUCUUGCGUACAUCGGAACUGAUAUUUAUUUGUUCGGUCUUGGAAUGCACAUGUGUGGACAAUUCAAGUUGCUCUGUGAUGAACUUGAUGGGAUCAGUGGCAAUGAAAGUUCUGAAGAGCAGCAUCAGAAGAUUGCUAAAUUUAUCAGGCGGCAUAAUCAUCUGCUCAAUGUCGCUGAAUCCAUUGAAGAUGUCUUCAAUAUUCCAAUACUCAUUGAAGUUUUAAACAAUACUGUCAUAAUCAGCAUAUCUGGUAUUAUUUUACUGUGGGCAUUCAAACUUCGAAAUCGUGCAAUGGCGAUUCCAAAACUCAUCCGCAUUUAUCUCUUCUAUGUCGAGAUAUUUAUGGUCAGUUAUGUGGGACAGGCCUUAUCAGGUGAAACAGAAAAACUGCAAAAAGCUGUUUACAAUAUCCCCUGGUACAAAAUCCCAACGAAUCACAUGAAAUCCGUAAUAAUCAUCAUGAUGCGUGUUAAGUACCCAUUUCAAUUAACGGCGGGUAAAAUUGCCAAUAUGAAUUACGAGACAUACAAAAAUAUCAUAAAAUCAACGUUUUCAUAUUUUUCGUUUUUCCGACUUGCACUGGAGCAAUGAGUAAUUGCAUUUUCACGUCAUCGGAAAAUUCUAGUGCGAAAUUAUUUAGAGAAGACAUCAAUAGCAUUAAUUGUAUAGAAAAAAUAUAUGUCCGUUCUCCCACGCAAUAUUUUCAGACUAUUGACACAAUUGUCUGCUAAAUGUUUAUAAUAAUUACACAAUUAUUCGUUUCAAUUUACCAGUGAUAAUUGUAAUGAAUUUAAUUAUAUCCUGUGUAUCAUCUAAUAAAUAUAAAUAUUUUUAGC